GUAAAUUGCAACUGUGCUUAUGAGCUACAUGCAAUUUCGCAAUGUAAAGUUUGGUUCUUUUUUAGGAGGUAAUCAGCAUUUGGUUGAAGCACCUUGUUUGCUGUCAUCAUUAUUAAAAAUAAAUGCUGGCACUCUUGUUUGUAAUCUGUCUUCAUUAGACAUUAUGAAAUUUUUUGUCAUGACCUAAUCACAUGGCCUUCAUAAGAUUCACACCCAUUUCAGCAGCGACUGGAGUUAUUUAUUUUUCACAAUCAGAUUUUUAAAGCCAAAAUGAUAAAUUUACACUCUCAAAUUAUAAAUUAAUUCAAGGCAUUAUCCCAAAGAUGAACAUGACUUGGAUGAAGAUUAUGAACAGGUAGUUUUAAGUAAUAUAUAUACUUUUUAAAAAUCAACUGUUAUUUAAAAUAAGUUGUGAAUAUGAUCACUGGUCAUUUUUUUGGGGUUGAGAGAUUCCCAAAGUAAAGUCUAUUGGACUAAAUUAUGUUGCAUUCACCUGAUUUAAAUGUUGUUUCCAGUUUUGAGGUGCUUUAUUGGGUGAUGUCUACAAUGAAACAGGCCUGAAAAAAGCUGUGACUUAUAGAAGAAGCUAUGUAUUUAAUUAAACAAUCAGUGCAAUGGGGCUUCAGUAAUAUCAGAGAGGACCAAUGGAGCAUCGAAUGCAUUGACUGAUCUCCUUUCUAGCAAGAUGCAGAAUUUCUAUAAUUCUAUUUGAAAGCAUGUAUGGGGAACUGAAGUGGAAGUUUUAUAGAUGAGUGGUUAAUCUACACCAUGUGCUGAGAUAAUAUGAACAUGGGUUAACAAUGGAGGAAGUUGUCGUGGCUGCCAGAUGAUUUUGUUUGCAGCCUUUUGUUGUUAAUCCAGUAUCAUGUUGUUUUGACAAAAGAACACAAAAUACUGCAAGUACUCAGGUCAACAACAUCCAUGCAGAGAAAAAGAACUGUUCAUGUCAAGUGAGUUAACUUUGAUCAAAAUUCAAAGUUAGAAAAUUAAUAGGUUAUAUGCAAGUGAACAGGAGGCACUUGGAAAAAGGUGCGAAGGUUGACUGUUAGAGCUGUUCUAUGUAACAUUGUCUGCUGCUUUUUUGGUUCUUAGCAUUUGCAUUUCUUCAAGCUGACUGGCUUCCCAGAGUCACCCGCUCACUUGCUAGUCACCAGAGCCGUACUUCGGCUUUACGAAGUAUGUAUGGUGUUCCGAAACAAGAAACUGAGGGUGUCAUUGGAGAAUACCCACCUGCUGUCGCUGUGAGUAAAGCUGAGCAGGAUGAUCUCCUGCUCCUUCAGCCAGACCAGCCUGGAAACCCCCGUGUGCUCCGAGUCGCCAUCAUUGGGGCUCCAAAUGCCGGGAAAUCCACCUUGUCCAACCAGCUGCUUCGCAGAAAGGUCUUUCCUGUUUCGAGCAAAGUUCACACAACACGCUGUCGAGCUCAAGGAGUCAUCACUGAUGGAGAGACACAAAUUGUGUGUGCCCACCUUUCUCCUGAAGUUCUUCUGGAUACUCCUGGUAUCGUUCCUGCCAUCAAAGGAAAAAGGCACAACCUGGAGGCAUCCUUACUGGUUGACCCCUGGCACUCGGUGAAAGAAGCAGACUUGGUGCUUGCUUUAGUAGACAUCUCAGACCACUGGACACGCAGCAAGCUCCACACUGAAUUGUUGAAAUGCCUUACAACGUAUUCCCAUGUCCCAGCAGUUCUGGUCUUAAACAAGGUGGACGGAUUAAAGGAUAAAGGCCUCCUCCUGGAAUUGACCGCCAAGCUGACUGAAGGAUUCGUGAACAAUAAGAAACUGAAAGUAAAAUCCAAGUUCAAUUCUUCGCUGAAGCAGAAUGCUCUGACUGGAAAUUUGUCUGGAAAAAGUAGAACUGGGAGGAAAGAGUGUGGGACAGCAGUUGAAUCUGGAGCCAUGGACAACACGUCUGUUACGCAUAAGAGAGCCCCCACUGCCUCUUGGCAGAGAAACCUGGAGAUACCUCAUACAGACCAAUCUCUUGACCACAUCUCUGACGGUGAGAGCAGCAUACAGCAAUCAGCAAAUCCAGAGCCCAUAGGGCAGGAGAAGCGAUUAACUGAGCCGUGCAGAGGUUUGAAAAACCAGCAGGGCUGGCCUCACUUCACUGAAGUGUUUAUGCUUUCAGCUAUCAACGGGGAGGAAGUGGAAACUCUGCAGCGGUACCUGAUAUCACAAGCCAAGCCAGGAUCCUGGGAUUAUCACAGUGCUGUCCUCACUGACCAGUCACCCCAGGAGAUCUGUCGUAACCUGAUCCGAGAGCGAUUAUUGGAAUACCUGCCUCAAGAGGUGCCAUACAACAUCACUCAGAGCACUGAACUGUGGGAAGAAGGGCCGAGCGGGGAGCUCCGAAUUCUACAGAACAUCACAGUCGCCAGGAAGAACCAUGCGAAGUUGUUAAUUGGCCAGGGAGGUCAGCUGAUCGGUAAAAUUGCCCAAGACGUGGGCCAGGAUUUAAUGAACGUCUUUCUCUGUGAUGUGCAGUUGAAGCUGUGUGUGAAGGUGAAGAAGUGACUCUGCUAUUCCUUGCUGUCUUUCUGAAGUGACUCCUUGCUGGCCCUGAAUCAUCAGACACACUAUGUGAACCCUACUCUGUGUAUACGCUUUCCCCUCGAACUGCGGUCUGCUUCUAAUCAACCUCUCGCCAUGUGUGUGAGCCACAUGGCCCGAUGUGGAAGGCCCCUGCAGUUUGCUAUGAGCAUGGACCAAGGGUCUUAUUCUGAGGAGCCCUGUUUUAAUAAUGUUUUGUUAGCAAGCAGUACUUUAUUGCUGGGUAAAUUUUCUGAAGCAAGCUGUGGGGUGAGGUUGAAAGUAGCAUGAUGCUGAUGGAUCAUACAGAGGCUGCUGCUGUUAGAUGUUUUCCUGUGAUCGUGCCAGACACGGGGUCCUGAGGAAGGUGUAACACAGUUGGUAUGCUGAGUUUAAACCAAUAUCCUCUUAUCAUUCACUCUCAGCGAGAGAUUGGCAUUUAUUGUCUGUCUGUAAAAAUCUGAGAUGGGAUUUCGGUUAAAACUGAGGAGUUUGCUGGGAUGCUUCGGGGGGUUCAGUUAGCUUAGUUACCUGGAUUGCAGUGCAGAGUGAGUGAGGGUUCACUUCCUGCACUGGCUGAGGUUAACAUGAAGGGCACACCAUCUCGACCUCUCCCCUUGACCCUCCAAUUAAACCACCACCAGUCACCUUGAGUGCUCUCC